ACUGCGCUAUAGGCUGACUGGCAGGUGUGAGUUCUUCACUUUGAGGUUUUUCGAGGAGAAAAUGGGUUUAAAAAGACCGGCCAGUUGCUUCAGCGCACUACUGUGGUUAGUUGCAGCUCUUCUCGUCAUCUUAGGAAUCACUGGUAUUGUCUUAGUGAAUCAGCCGAACGAAUAUUACUGCAACCCACAGGAGUAUGCAGUUGUUUUUGAUGGCGGCUCCUCACACACUUCUAUGGCAGUGUACCAAUGGCUAGCUGAUACCAUUACCGAAUACGGAACUGGCGUAGCUUCGCAGUUGGCAUUCGAAAGCUCAUGCGGAGAGGCAGGAAUCUCGUCAUACGCAGAUGAUCCAGAAGGACUUGUUCCCGGCUUUGAGAAAUGUCUGGAAACGGCUUCGCUAGUCAUUCCAGAGUAUAGCCAUGCCAAAACACCUAUAUUCUUGGGUGCCACAGCAGGCAUGCGACUGCUAAACGUGACGGACCCCGAUAAGAGCGACGCUGUCAUGGCCGUUGUGAGGGAGACGCUUGCCAGUUCACCAUUCCACCUCCCCUACGAGAAGGAACAGGCGACUAUUCUCAGAGGCGAGAAGGAAGGAUCCUCAUCCUGGAUCUCGGCCAACUAUCUCGAGGCUAAUCUAGGAGUGGAACCAGCAACUGGUGACGUCAUUCAUGAUCUAUCACCCAGCGAGCCCAUUCCCGUCAAGCCGACAUUUGGUGCCCUGGACCUGGGAGGUGCGUCCACGCAAGUCACCUUCAUACCGGACACACCGGGCGACGUCCCAGACGAGUAUCUCGCCAAUCUUCGCCUCUACGGACACGAAUUCGACCAGUAUACGUACAGCUUUCUGUGCUACGGAGCGAACGAAGCACGCAGACGGUUUGAGGCAAACUUAGUCAAGGACUCUGGCUUUGCCAACGUGACACUCAACCCCUGCUCACCUGUUGGUUACUCGUAUGAGUUGACCGGUGACUACCUAUGGAAAGCCCCAUGCAGCAAGGGUCCAAUUGCCAUGGAAGGGUGGGGAUCGGAGACCACAUCAGCACCAGGGGUUAGCGAAGAUGACAUGGAAGUUAUGACGUACACGCUGAAAGGCACCGGGGAUGCAAAACAGUGUUACAACCUGAGCAAGACGCUGUUUGACUUCGACGCCAAAUGUGAUAAGCCGCCUUGUUCGUUCAAUGGGGUCUACACGCCUCUACCCCAUGGCUCAUUCAAGGCUUUGAGUACCUAUGCAUACACUGCCGUUGGGAUAGGAAUGCCUUCAAAACCCACCAUAGAAGAAUUCAACACCGCAGGAGACGAUUUCUGCGUGAAGACAUACGAUGAGUUGAAAAACCUACCAGACAAGAUGAAGUAUAAAGUGACCUACUGCUUCCAGAUUAUGUACAUUAAGGCUCUUCUCUUUGACGCUUUCAAGUUUGACGCAAGCAACUGGGAGAUCGAUUUCACCCUGCAGGUUAACGAUGUCGAUCUGGGCUGGCUGUUGGGGUUCACGAUAAACGCCACCAAUUGGGUGCCUUUGGAGCAGGCCUGUGUCGGUAUAAACUCGUCAACAUCCAUCGGACUUCUCAUCAUCUUCAUCAUCAUCCUAGUGGUCGGACUUCUUCUUCUCCUUCACAAAUUGUACCGGGAGUGUCUCGCCGUGGAGGGCGGUGAAUCUUAUCAAAGAGCACCCUCUAAGCCUGCAGACAAAGCUUAAAAUUGCCCUUUGCUCUCUCUUGAAGUAGGCUAGUUCGCGUAGGAUUGUGUGCAUGGCCUGACGUUUUGAUGCUAGAAGUGUCUCAUGUAGUGUCAUUUUAGUCUUUCGCGAAAUACAAUGUCAAGGUCGAAACGUCAGUCAGGACACUUACAAUUUCUAGCAUCUUUCAAGGGCCAUAGUCCAUUACAAGAUUGAACUUUGGUAUUGGUCUAAUUGUGUAUUUGUUGCUUUGGUUCUCUGGUUUCCUUUUGGAUAAAAUAAUAUGUUUGUGGUAUGGUUUUCCACGUAAUCAAUCUGCUUUUACGAUAAUUAUUGACCAAUUAAUAUUCGGUUUAAACAAGAUGAACUAUUUAAAAGUGGUGUGGGUCUCCUUAAAGAUUACAUAAACAAAGGGGUCACAGGUAACAAACGAACGUAGGUUAUAUGAAUGUAGGUAAAAAGUGAUUAUGGACAGGGAUUGACUUAGACUUGAGGCCAUUCACUGGAGUAAUUCACUAGCCUCGAAGUUUGACGUCGGCAGUUCAGGCCAGCACACUCAAUUUGCCUCAUGCAAGGACCUACGUUGGUGGGAAAAGCGGAGCACAACGUAAUUGUGUGGACUGGUAAAAGGGUUUAACAACGUUUUAGUGAAGUAUAAUUAUUUUUUUGAAUUUAUCUAAAGUAUUUUUUGAAGCUCUGCAUCAUGGUGUGGAGAAAAGGGAAGAAACUAUUAAUAAAACUUGCGGGUACAACUAUGUGUAAAUCUCUUUUGUGUGAGUGUUGGCUCUGAGACGAGCCGGUGUGGUCUCGGUGUUUCGAGCAGUAUACUCUGUUCGUCUUCAGGAGAAUGUGUGAAUUCAUCUUCUUUUAAGUAAUCUAAAGCGAGGUGGACAGGCCGUUUCUUGCUAAGGCCUCCCUCUUUAAAUAAGUUAAGGCAUGGAAUUGUGUUGUCUUUUGAGCUGUCCUUGUUUCUUUCCUUGUCCAUCUCCUCCCACACCGGGGAGGGGGAGACGGGGUCAUUGCAUACCCGGCCACUCA